AUUCUUAAUCUAAAUCUCAAGCGUCAAUCCCGUUGAAGUUGAGAAAUCUCUUCGAUUUCUCCACCUUAGGCUGCAAAUGAAGAAAGAACGAAGUAGCCGUGCGCAUCGCUGCUGUGGCUCUUUUAUUUGAUUUCAGCUCUUGAAAAUGUCAAUGGUGGGGAUUUUAUAAAAGCCAGUGGAGCGAAACGGAGCUUGCGAUUUCCCAGCUGCCACCGUCCUAGUAAACUUCGCAAAAAUGGACGUCAAAUUAAUUUUUCUUAUUUUCUUGUACAUUUAUUCAAUAACCCAUCAAGUGAUCAGUGCAAAGUUUGAUACUAAUAAAUUCGAAAGGAAAAUGCUAGCGUUAAUGAAAGUUUUAAAGUAUUCGAUAGAAAGACCUGAACAGAUGAACAUGGAUACCACGUUUGGAGUAACUUUCGCACAAGCAAACAUACAAGCAGCUCUGCGACACAAAAACGUGAUAUAUCUGGAUGCCUAUCAAAAAGACGUGCUUGAAAAUCUUUUAGAACUUUCAGAAGAUACUCGAAAUUUACUUCAUACUUAUGAAAAACUUCCAAACAAGAAUGUGCAAGAAUUAAGCUUCCAACUGAAUCGCCCAGAAAUCUGGAUCAAACCUAUCGUUUGGAAAAAACUGGAUCUAACAGAUAAACCCUUGCCUAAUCCUGAUUUGACAGUAGAUGAGACCGUCGAAUCAAUGUUUAGGGGGCACCCACAGGAAGCGGAGAGCGAUUAUUGCUUCAUAAAUUUAGUAAAUCACUGCGAAUUCCCGAACGAAUGCCGCGAUCUAAUAGUGCACAACGAUAAUGCCACUACUGGAUAUCCGCUCACGCAUAGAUUACUCAUGAUACAGCUCAUGAAUGCUCUCGAAUGCGAGACGAAAAUAACGCAAUUCACGCCGUACCUCGUCUACGAAUUCUGCUCUUUAAUUUUACAAGAUUUGGUGAAUCUUGAAGCCAUGGAGUUUCCGCACGUCGGUAAGGAUCUGGCGUUAGAGCAAAUUUUCUUGUGCGGCUUGGAGGGAUAUCUCGACUUUCUUAAUGAGCAUUACGAGCAAUUGUUAUUAGAUUGGCAGCACCCAAGUGGUUGUUACAGCGGAAUAGGUCAUUCAGUAAAUUACAACUGGGCUAAGACACGCGUUCGUCGCUCUGGAGGUUUCACGGAUUUCGGUUGUGUGAAUCACGCGACAGGUCUUGGAGCAGCCGCGCUAGCAUUAUUCAUUCGCAAGGAUAUCGAAUUGAUGGUGUAGACGCGCACACAAGACUCUGAAAACAACGAAUUUAAUUGUGUUUCCAUUUCAAAACUCGAUUGAUUAAAAUGCCUGAUUACAAAGAAUAUUGUAUUUUUUCUUUGAAUGUCUCGAUUUUUAAGUUGAUAAAAAAUAAAGGAAGAAAGUUAGUGAAAAAAACAAUAAUUUAUUGCGGUUAUUAACAGUCAGUAAAUUUCUGAGGAGAUAAUAUUAGGAAUAUAUAUAGUAAUGCAUAUACGUAUAUGCGAUUUACAAUAAAUUUAUAUCAAUAAAUUAAACAAUUUAAGACAUUCAUCUUUUAUCUCUAAUAGUUAUCGUAUUAACAAAUUUACGUUUCUACUAUAAUGGCAACAAUUAUAUAUAUAUAUUAAUAAAUAAAAUUAAAAAUUUGCAUUUUCUAUUAUUCUAUAUACGCAGAAGUGCUAUAUAAAAUCAUUCACGCUCAACUUCAUUCUUCGUUACAUUGUGUCCAACUUUGCUUGAAUUUACAUUCACGAUAAAUUGAAGCCGUUGGAAAAUAAAUUACGGUUGUGACAGACAAAUUCUGACUCCACACAUACGCACAAAUAUAUAAAUUGCAUAGCUACAACGCUCUACAU